AUGUCUAAAGGGGUCGCUCUAAUCACCGGUGCUGGUCAAGGCAUUGGCCGUUCCAUUUCUCUUAGGCUGGCCGCUGAUGGCUUCGACAUUGGACUCAGUGAUAUUCCUACCAACAAGUCGAACCUCGAGGAAGUCGCACGGGAGAUAACGAGGACUUAUGCAGGACGAAGGGCCUGCGUACUUCUUGCAGAUGUCACAGUCGAAGAUGACGUUCGUAAGAUGAUGGACGGCGUUGUGACAGAGCUUGGUGGUCUGGAUGUCAUGGUCGCAAAUGCCGGUAUCAUUGCAGUCGCAUCAUUGGUAGAAACUACAUUGGCAGACUGGGAAAAGAUCUUUGCUGUCAAUGUCACGGGCGUGUUUUUAAGCUACAAAUACGCCGCUCGAAAGAUGAUUGCCUUGAAUGAGACCCACAAACGAGGUCGACGCAUCAUCGGCGCCAGCUCCCUAGUAGGGAAAAGAGGUGAACAAUACCUUAGCGCGUAUUCUGCUUCCAAGUUUGCAGUCCGAGGGAUUACGCAGUCUGCUGCUAUCGAACUCGGAUGCCACGGUAUCACCGUGAAUGCCUAUGCUCCAGGACCAAUCAUGACGGCUAUGGUCGACGAACUAAAUGAGGCAAGCAUGAAGCUGAUGGGGUCAUCUGACCCUAGUGUCUAUAACGAAAAGUCUAAGAAGAAUACGUGUGUCGGGUAUUUGGGGGCUCCAGACGACAUUGCAGGACUGGUCUCUUACAUUGCCUCUGCAGAAUCUCAUUUCAUCACAGGGCAAAGUAUCACGAUCGAUGGUGGAAUGCGCUUUGAUUAA